AUGGGAGCUACAAUCGCGAUGACAACUACAACAGGAUCAACUAUGGCAACAAAAACAAUCGGGUUGGGCCCUAUAUUCCUUAUUAAAAUAGGGAAUCUAGCCAUACGGAAACUGGAGCAAAACUAUCCAAAUCCUAAUAAACGACGGGCAUUGUGUGGAAGUCACUACUCACGACAAACUGUGGCUCCUCCAAUUCCACAUGAGGUUGAAACUGAUAUUAGUAAAGAUGAUGAUGUGAUUAAGAAGGGGAGAAAGUUCGAGAAUGUGAUCGAUAAAGAGUCUUUAGUAUCAAGAAACUGGUGCCAUACCUCUACCUCCGCCUCCUUUUGCACAAAGAUUAGUAAAGAAGACAAAAGAAGGGAAAACCACAGGUUAAUCACUAUGCUAAAACAACUUUCCAUCAAUGUGCCGUUGAUAGAAGCUCUAGAGAAAAUGCUUGGGUGUGCAAAUUUUAUGAAGGACAUGGUGACUAAAAAGAGAAUUGUGAAUUUUGAGGAUGAUGAGAAGCUGCAACAUUGUAUUGCUAUUGCUACAAGGUCCCUUUGGUUGAAAAACGAAGACCUUGGUGCUUUCACCAUCCCUUUCACCAUUGAGACAUUGUGUUAUCUUGCUGCUAGUAUUAACCUUAUGCCAUUAUCCAUUUACAUGAAGUUGGAUUUGGUUGACCCAAAACCAACUACGAUUCAGUUGCUCAUGGCCGAUAGAAAUGUGAAGAGGCCUAUUGGAGUACUCCAUGAUGUUCUAGUUAAAGUGGAGUCAUUAAUCUUUCCAGACUACUUUUUUAUUCUUUAUAGUGAGGUUGAUUUUGAGGAUCCCAUUAUCCUUGGGAAACCGUUCCUUGCCACGGGGCGUGCUUUGAUUGACAUGGACAAAUGGCGGAUAAAGUUCAAACUUAACAUUGAUAAAGCGACUUCCAAUAUUUGUAGAUCCAUCAAGCAGAGUGGUGAGCUCAAAUCAGUAUAUGAUAUAACUUAUAGAGUUGAGAUUAGUUUUGAAAAAAAUUUGAGGAGAGACUGUGUAUUGAGGCAUUACCAGUAG